CUCCCUCUCUCUCUGUUAACUCUUCUAAACUCUCAUUCUCUCUCUUCAUCUGCAUCUUAUUCUUCUCCUAACAUGUAUAUAUAUAUAUAUGUUAAGUGAUUAAUAGCAAAGGAUCCCAUUCCCUUGGUUAACAAGUGCAAGCUAGCUAGUUAGUUCAAUUUUCCUUCAUCACCAUUUGUAUCAUAUCAUAUUAUUUCAUAUCACAUCCUCAUUAACUCAACAGUGUUCCAUUCUGAUUCUCUCAUCUCAUCAACCUUCCAUAGAUUCUUUUUUCCUUCCUGGCUUUUGAAUCUUCAGGACCACGGAUUGCACAAGUUUUUACAGAUUGGUUUUGCUGUCAUAUGGGGAUUUCCUUCUCAUGUCCAUUUGCCCAGUACAAUGACGUGGAAGAUGGCUUAGACUCUGUGGUUGUAAAAUCCAUCAACUUUGGCAAUGAUGAAAUCAAAACUCCAGUACGAUCUGUCAGUUUCAAAAACGAAGAUUUAGAACCCACCAUUCUUAAAUCUCUUGGUUCUGGAAAGAUGACAAUAGAGGCAUCUGUGAGCUUCAAAAGAAAGGACAUUGAUAACAUUAUCUCAACCAACAAUUUGUCAUUUGAUAAAGAGGAAAACAUGACUAUCUCAAGGACCAGCAAAAAGAGCAAAGAAAUGGAUGAUCUGUGUUUUAAGUCAGAGUGUCAAGUUGAAACCAUCCAAUCAGCUCUUUUGAAUCCAAACAGCCCCAAACACAUUGCUGCACUUAAGUUGCAGAAAGUAUACAAGAGCUUUCGCACCAGAAGAAAGCUAGCAGAUUGUGCAAUUCUUGUUGAACAAAGCUGGUGGAAGCUCUUGGAUUUUGCUGAACUCAAGCGCAGCUCCAUAUCUUUCUUUGAGAUUGAGAAGCAUGAAACUGCGGUUUCACGUUGGUCUAGAGCUAGAACUAGAGCUGCUAAGGUUGGAAAAGGUUUAUCAAAAGAUGAUAAAGCUCAAAAACUAGCUCUUCAGCACUGGCUUGAAGCGAUUGAUCCACGCCAUCGCUAUGGACAUAAUCUACACUUCUAUUAUGAUAAGUGGCUUCAGUGUCAGAGCAGAGAACCCUUCUUCUACUGGCUAGACAUAGGAGAAGGAAAGGAAGUAAAUCUUGAGAAAUGCCCUCGUUCCAAACUUCAACAGCAGUGUAUUAAAUAUCUUGGACCGAUGGAAAGGUUGGCUUAUGAAGUUGUUGUGGAGGAUGGAAAGUUCUUCUACAAGAAAUCAGGAGAGCUCCUUAACACAGCUGAAGAUGCACAUGCCAAGUGGAUUUUUGUCCUUAGCACAUCUAAGACAUUGUAUGUCGGCAAGAAGACAAAAGGUUCAUUUCAGCAUUCUAGCUUCUUGGCUGGAGGAGCUACAUCUUCUGCUGGAAGACUAGUGGUUGAGCAUGGUGUCUUGAAGGCAGUUUGGCCUCACAGUGGUCAUUAUCGACCAACAGAAGAAAAUUUUAAGGAAUUUAUUUCAUUCCUUCAGGAGAACAAUGUGAGCCUUUCAGAUGUCAAGAUGGAUCCAGUUGAUGAGGCUGAUGAACUACGUUCUCUGAGAAGCAGUGGUCAUCUUAGAAGCCACUCAUCUGAAGAAGACUUUACCGAGAACAUGAAUGGCCUAGAGAUUGAAGGGACCAUUAUUGAAGACUCAGUUGCAGCAGAGAAGGCCAAUUUGAUUAAAACUGAGAAGGCUUCUGCAUUAAUGACACCUAGCACAAGACAAUUUCAGUUGCUUGGAAGAGAACUUAGCAAUCUUGAGAUACCAAAAAGGGGUCAUGUGUUUGAACUUGAAGGACUAGAAAAAAACAUAGAAGGUGGUGAGCAAAGUUGUGUGAGUUGCCAAAUGGAAUCUCACAAUGAUGCACAAGCAUUAGUACCUGAGCUAGACCAUACAAAUUCAGAGAAAAACUUAUGUGAUGACAAUGAUGUAGAGACAAUUCCACAAGAGUCCAUACUCAAGAGAAUAAACUCACAUAAAGAAAUGAAAUCAUAUCAACUGGGGAAGCAGUUGUCAUGCAAGUGGACAACUGGAGCGGGACCACGCAUUGGCUGUGUGAGAGACUACCCUUGUGAGCUUCAAUUCAGAGCUUUGGAGCAAGUUAAUCUGUCUCCAAGAAGUGGAUCCCGCAACAAAUCAUCAUUUGCUCCUAGAACUACAACUUUGUUGAGCUCUAGUCUUUCAAAUGUAGCAAGUUUAUAUGGGGACACUACAAUUGAACCACUUCACAUGCCUCAAAAAGGUGACACCAAUAGUUCAAGAUCAGAAUUCUCCCCUUUGUUCAGAGGAACAUCAGUGAUACCAGUAAUUCAUACGUCAUGAGUGAAUAGGAUUUUCCUUCUCCAUUGUUUCAUUCUUUUUGAGUGAAUAGGUGUAGCCAUGAUAUGCAUUUUUGUUAUUCUUUCCAUUAAUUCACACAGCCAUUCUUUUUUCACUCAUGUAUAGAUUAUAGGAUCAAAACUGUAAAAUUAUUUUGGGAUCUAUUUAUCCUCCCAAUACAAAGGAAUCGUUUGAUUUUCCAAUUCCCACCAUGGAACAAGUUCCUGGGUUCAAAUUCAAAUAUAUC